AUGAACUCAAGCGAAUAAUAGGACUCCUAUGAAGAUAGCGAAGAUCAGAAAGUCUAGAAAGAGCUGCACAUUUAAGAAGAGAUUCAGCAACCUCAACCAAAAUAAUCCAAAAAGCCUCAUGUAGAUAGUGAACAGGAUACUAAAUCCAAGAAUUUCUGGGAAGAAAAGAAAGAAUCUUUCAUCAGAAUUAGGCAAUGGGAGGAGGAUAGGAACUACUUCUAGCUGUAUAUCAAAAUAUAGACUGAGCAUUCCCAGAUUCUAGUCAGAAAUGUAUCUAAGCAUUUAGAUCCCUUAAAGCUUGUUUAUGAAGAACAGGGCUCACAAUACAAAAAUUUCAUCUAGUCUUUAAAGGAUUUAGAUGUUAACUAAGCUAAUACAAUUGUUGAGAUGACCAAAAAAAUAAAAGAACUCAUAGAUGAAAGAAUAGUCAAAUUAACUAAAAAUAUGAAGAAGGCAUGCGAGAAGUACAGUUAAAAUUAUACAAAAAAGCAGAAGGAAUAUAUGGAAUCCCAAGUACUUACUGACAAGCUAUAUGAUGUAUACUUAAAGCAUUUUGAGAACAAUGAGUAAAACUUUAGAAAAGGAAUUGCAAUAUCAGUGAACGAUAAAGAUCUUUGGUUUGUGGAAUAACAGUACCUCAAAUAAGCAUAGAAAGCUUUGAAUCUGUUGGCUGAGUUUAAGCAAAUAUUAUUCACUGCUUGGGAAGAAGGCAGAGAUAUGGAGUUUGAGAGGAUAAAGACUAUUAAGAGUAUGUAUGAUGACAUUAUAGUCGCUAACAGGAAAAUAUUUGGUGAAAAUGAGCAACAAACCACAGCUAUUAAUGCCAUCAAUGCGAUAAAUUAAUUUGAAGUGGCGCAAGAAUUAUUUUCUUUUAGGGCUUUAAUAAGUUAGUCUGAACUUAAAUCAAUGAUUCAACUUAAUGAGAUUUGCAAGGCAAAUAUUGAUUUCAUCAAUGCCACCGAUGACAUGAUCAAGAAUUUUAUUAAGUCUGUUGAGUUUGAAGCCCCUCCAGAAUCAAAUUUGAUUAUUAAAAAAAGCAUUGUGAAAAGAGAUGCAGGAGUGCUCAAUUCAAAUAAGGAUUCAACUGCAGUGUUAACAAGAGACAAGUAAUCAUAUACAUAUAAUUAAACUCUAAUCUAUAGCUAUCUCUAUGUAUUUGAUUGGAGCAUGCUUAAAGCAUAAGAUUAUUCAGAUCCUAAAAUGUUUACUAACCUUAACAAUUGCCAUAGCUACGAAAUCAAAAAAGGUAAUUAGUUAAAUGUCAAUUAUGAUAUUUCAGAUAUGAAACUGGAAAUAGUAGAGAACAAGAAAGGAAUUUUCUCUUCGUAAAAGAGAAUAUUAUUUAAAGCUGUAUCAGUAGAGGAUUUAGAAGAGUGGGUGAAUCAUGUGAAAAGAAUCUUGAUACAAAAACAAUCAUCUUGA